UCCUCUCACGUACGUACAAACACAAUACUUACGUACAAUAUAUUAACAGUUGUGUGCAUAUACAUACAAAAAAUAUUCAUAGAUAUGGAGGCAAAACCACACGCACCCACUUUAGAGAUCACGGUUAUAUCGGGAGAAAACAUAAGAAUGGAUCGAAGUCAAGUGGCGGAGAAGGUGUAUGUUGUUGUUCGUGCUGAGUCUCUCAAUUGUUGCACCACCAAAAUGGUGAAUGAAGAUGCAGGUUUGCUAGCAUGGAAUGAAAAAUUCUUGUUAGGCAUUCCUUCACGUGCAAGGUCGAUCACGUUUGAGGUGCAAUGCAAAAAGUAUAAAGAUGUUCGCCCUAUUGGAGUAGCAAGGAUAGCACUUUCGGAUUUUCUUAGUGCCAAUAAAAUUGUGUCGGAAAGUGUUCCCCAAAUGUUGUGUCACGGUUUGACGAAUUGGGAAGGUCAGCGAAAUGGGGUUAUUCAUUUCUCAGUGAAAGAGGUGACACUGGGGCAACAUUUUGUUUCAGAAGCAAAAGACAUGACAACUGCUACGAUGAGUUCUAAAGAAAUUGAGCAUGAGGUUAUGGGGAUUCAGGCGGACCCUAAGAAAUCAAGUCAUGUUGCAUCUCAUUGGUAUUCCAGUUUGUUGGAGGUACCAAAGCGUUAUUUGAAGGGUCAUCUUUCUCAUUUAAACUUCCAAAUGUGCUAAAUAAGUUGAUAGGGCUUGUUUAAAUUUCAUCAAAUGUCUUAGGUUUGUGUCCUGACAGUAUGGUUAUAUUUUAAGGAGAAAACUUUAUUUACAGCGAUUUUACCCCACUUAAUUUAUCAUAUGUCCAAUUAAUAUGAUGUUUAUAUACAUGUGUCUUACACA